ACACCUCCCUUUUAAAACAGAGUAGCGUGCUGGACCUGGGAGGCAGAAGACUGGAGCACACACUAAAAGAAAGCUGAACCAUCCCUGUGCUCUGUGUCCUACCUGCUGAGAAAAGAACCCACAGUGGCUCUACGCCACAGAAAACAAAAGAGUUUCAGUUAGAUGCCUAUCAGUGAGAAGGUGGAGCAUGCCUUUCAUUCCUCCUGUCACUUGUAACUCCUGCUGUCAGACCAUGGACUGCAUGCAACAGACCACGCACCACCUCUGUGGUACUGAUGAUGGCCACUGCCGAUUGAGAUUAGUCAACUUUGAGGGUCAUGAAAACCACAUUUCCCAUGAGACCCAGGGGCUCAGCAGAAAGCACCUGGUAGUGCGCCGAGGGAAACCUUUCAAACUGACUCUGCUGUUCCGCAGCCGCUCGUGGAAUCCACACACAGAGAAUGUGGUCCUGGAGGUUUGGCUAGGUGAUCUGUCAGAGAGGAUCCCAGUCCAGUUCUAUGACGAGCGAUCUGACCCUCAAAGGUGGACAGCCAAAAUCUACCCAGGCGACAUGAAUCCUCAGUCAGUUACCGCCCACGUCUGCUCCCCUGUCCUGUCCUCAGUGGGUCUGUAUCACCUCCUGGUGCACAUAGAGACUAUAAAGAGCAGAAGGAGCUAUGCAGUGGGCUCAUUUGUACUGCUCUUCAACCCUUGGCUGGAAGAGGAUCCAGUGUACAUGCCACUGGAUGUCCACUUACAAGAGUAUAUCAAGAGUGAUUAUGGGUUGGUGUACAUGGGCACACAUCUUAAUGUUGGUAGGCGGCCCUGGGCGUUUGGUCAGUACGAGCCUGGGGUCCUUGAGGCAUGUCUGACACUGCUGCAGGUCAGCCCACAGCACCUCAGGGACAAAGACAAAGACUACAUUCUACGAGCAGACCCCGUCUACCUCAGCAGGGUGAUCUGUGCUAUGGUGAAUUGUAAUGAUGACCUGGGUAUUGUGGAGGGGAAGUGGCACGGCAGCUACAAAGAUGGCGUGAAGCCGACAGAGUGGAGCGGCAGCGCCGACAUCCUUCACCAGUGGGUCUCGUCCAACUGCAGCCCAGUUCGCUACGGGCAGUGUUGGGUCUAUGCAUCUGUCCUCUGCACAGUGAUGAGAGUGCUGGGGAUUCCCUCCAGGGUGGUGACAGUUUUUAACGCAGCCCAUGACGGUGAUGGCAACCUGAAAAUUGAAGAAUGUUACUCGAGCACGGGGGAGAAGCUCAACCUGUCAAAGGACAGCAUUUGGAACUUCCAUGUGUUUGUGGAGUGCUGGAUGAGGAGACCAGAUCUGGGUGCAGGGUUUGAUGGCUGGCAGGUAGUGGACCCGACCCCCCAGGAGAGGAGUGCGGGGAUAUUCUGCUGUGGUCCUUGCCCAGUUGCUGCUAUCCAGCGUCGUAGCAUCGGCACCCCUUAUGACACGUCGUUUAUCUACGCCUCUGUUGACGCGAACGUCAUACGGCUGAUCGUGCGUGAUGGACUGGUGGUGGGGAGGAAGGUGGACACUGAAUGGGUGGGACAGCUGAUCUACACCAAGAGGAUCGGCUCAGACAGUCCUGAGAACCUGACACACACUUAUAAAAGCAAGAAAAGGGAUCAACCAGCAGGCCCUGGGAGACACUCCCCCAUUUGUUCUAAAGAUUUUCCCCCCAUUUACUGUCCUUUUGUGGAACCACCAACUUUCAAAAUGAAAGUGAUCCCGGAGACUGCAGGGUUCAUGUCUACACCUUCUGCUUUGCAGUCCAGUCCAGUGGUAGGUGGAGCAGGGUUGACUUCUCCAUGUUCUGCUUUGCAGUCCACUCCAGUGUUGGGUGGAACAGGAGGAACAUCACCCAGUUUGGAGGUGUCCCUGAGCAUAGAUGGGGUGCCAUCAGUGGGUGAAAGCAUCAGCAUGUCUGUGACAGUCACAAACCAGUCAAGCAGCCCUAGGGUCCUGAUGGAACAUGUCAACGCUCAGCUGAAGGAGUACAACAAGAACCCACAGGAGAGCUUCUGGAAAACACACAAAGAAGUGCACAUGCAGCCAGGGGAAGUUCUCACGCUGCACCACACCAUCUCUCUCUCUGAGUACGAGUCGGCGCUGGCAGGUGAUGACAUUGUGAAUGUGGCAGUGGUGAUAAAGGAUGUGAGGACCAAAGAAAGGUUUCUGGCUAUGCAGGAGUUCAACAUAGGAUCACCACAGAUAGACAUAGAGAUCGAAGGAGGAGACACAAUCCAGAUGAAGGAGCAGCACACAGCGCAGCUAUUCUUCAUUAACAAAUAUACCAAACCUCUGAAUGGAGCCGUGCUGACUGUGCAGGGAUCUGGCUUGUUACAGGGAAAACACGAAGCCAGACUGGUUUUACUGCAGCCAGGCGCGAAGAUAGAGAAGACCGUGUCCAUCAUGGCCACUUCACCUGGCACUAAACUGCUCAUGGCCACUUUCUCACACAGCAACAGCUCCAGCAUCGUUUCCAGGAGCUUCCACAAAGUCUCUGUUAUGGAUGCAUGAUACUGAAGAGAUUCAACAAUAGAAAGAAUGAAAGAAAAUAAUGUCUUUGGAAUGAGACAUACAGGUAUUUUGAUGUUUUUAUGAAAACAUCUCUAAAAUAUUGUACAAUAUCUUUAAAAUAUUGUUUUUAUGAUUAUUUCCUUUUUUAAAACAAGAUUGUACUUAAAUCAGCAGGUCAAUUUGACCCUGAACAGAAGAGGUGUCUGGUGUUAAUUUAUUAACAUCCCUCCAUAAAAAAAUAAAAUAAAAUGUAAAAAAAAAUAAAAUAAAAUCAUUGACAUGUAAAACUAUUGUAUUUUAUAUGCAGGUCUUUCCAGUGUACAUAAAUAAAAUAAUUUGAAUGUACUUUUUU